AUGUUUGGUUUGAUUGCACAGAGAAAUUCAACGGGCACCAUUUGGACUCCUGCCAAUAUUUGCUGUGUUCAGUUUUCUUCUUUGUCCUCUCAUCUGCUGGCUUUUGGGUCCGCUGAUUAUAAGAUCUCUUGUUAUGAUCUGCGACACACUAGAAUACCGUGGUGCACAUUAACUGGCCAUGGAAAAGCUGUCAGUUAUGUGAAGUUUUUGGAUUCAGACACUCUUAUUUCAGCAUCCAUAGAUAAUACGUUAAAGCUCUGGGACCUCAAGAAAACCAGCUUAGAGGGGUUGUCCCCAAAUGCUUGCUCAUUGACCUUUUGUGGGCAUACUAACGAGAAGAACUUUGUGGGCUUGUCGGUGUUGGAUGGGUAUAUAGCAUGUGGUUCUGAAACUAAUGAGGUUUAUGCUUACUAUAGAUCUUUGCCAAUGCCAAUUACUUCUCACACAUUUGGAAGCAUUGACCCCAUUUCUGGAUACGAGGUUAGCGAUAGUAAAGGGCAAUUUGUUUCAAGUGUUUGUUGGAGAAGAAAAUCUAACAUGGUUGUUGCUGCCAACUCUAGUGGAAGUAUAAAGAUAUUGCAUUUGAUAUGAAGGUUCAUUCUUCUUAUACUUUAUAAAUAAGAUUCAUUUCAUUAGAUGUU